CGAAAUUAUAGCCUUAACAAAAGCCUGUGAGCUAGGUGCACAAAAGGCUAUUACCAUUUACACCGACAGUCAGUAUGCUUUCUCCACAUUGUUUUAUUUUGCUAAACAGUGGGAAAAAAGGGGAAUGACCACAUCCACGGGUAAACUUGUCACACAUGCCUCUUUACUCAAAGACCUGUUGCAGAAAAUAACAUUACCUUCCCGUGUGGCAGUCUGCAAAUGUACAGCACACACGGGAGGGACAGACUCUGUUAGCCUGGGUAACCAUUUUGCUGAUGUCACUGCCAAAGAUGCUGCUUUGGGACACCAUUCUCACUCUUCAUUUUUGUCACAAACUGAGGCUCUUAUUGACUGUGAGAUAUUGUCCUCAGCCCAAGACUCCGCUCCUAAAGCUGAAAAACAGUCCUGGCUGAACAAGGGGUCUACCAAAAACCAGUUCUGGGAAAUAAAUGACAAACCUGUGUUGCCAAAGUCUCUUUU